AUGUCUCGAUUGUAUGAAGCAGUUUGGCCAGCACUUUCAUCUAUUUAUAAAAGGCCAAAAAAUUUCACAGACUUAUGCGACGAGAAUAAUCUUGAUCCACGUCACGUUACUUUCACUUACUGCCCGACUAUAUGCAUAAGAAUGUGGGAGGAACCUAUAGUAGCUGGAGUUCGAAUCAAAGGUCAUAUCCGUGGGUGCCUUGUUGACCUCUUACAUAAUGGUUUCAAUCAAACUAUAGUUACAUGGUACAGGUGGAUGCAUCGUGAUUCCUGCCGUCAAUACAGGAAACGAGAACUUUUCAAGUUGCCGAUAGAAUUAAGCGAUGACAGCUCUAUUACGGUAUGUACAUGCUAUGCCGAUUAUUGCAACGGUAGGUCUUCCAGCGAAGCGACGAAGCUGGGAAUUUCUCAGUACUCAUUCCUUUUACUAUUUUCAUUUUUACUUUCAAUUUACAUUCAGAGGAUAUCCUAUCUAUCUUCUUGA